AUGAAACUACGACUCGAUGGCAACUCCUUGACGGUCCUGGACGAAGCAGUGUUCCGGCCGCUUCUGGAGGACGAGGUCUCGCUCUUCCUCGUAGGAAACCCCCUGAGCUGCGAGUGUGACAUCGCCUGGCUCGUCACGACUCCCGACUUCAUGGCCCGAAUCGCCGACGACGCUGCUUGCUUCAACGGGCAGCUGCUGUCGGACCUCGACCCGGGCAUCUACGAGAACCUCUGCUGAAGAAGGGGCGCGGGAGGAGGGGGAGGGGGGAGGGGGGGGCGCUCGGGACGGAGGAGUCGCUUAAUGGCCUUAACUGCUGUGUGUUGUAAUCUGCUAUAUUCUGUACACAGGUAUAGGCUUCAAUUAUUAUUAUCAUUAUUAUUAUUACCAUUAUAAUUAUUGUUAUUAUUAUUAUUAUCAUUAUCAUUAU